AAGUGAAAGUGUUCAGACUCGUUCUAACAACAAGCAGCAGACGCAGGAGACGUGAAGUCUGAGGCUGCAGUGGUCACCAACCAGUGGAGAGUCUUCACUGUGGAUCCCAGUAAAGCUCUGGACUCACUGGCUGAGAUAAACAUUGAAACUGGUGUGAAAGAUCAUUUCACUGAGUUCUGCUGUAAACUGAGCGCAGAACCAGAAGGAAAUAGACCAGACCUUGAAUAUCUAGAAGAGCAGCGCGGCCUGAACCACAACUGAGCCGCAGCCGGCCCGGUGCAACAUGGACGAGGACACUUCAGAGCAAGUUGGACCCUCACACACAAAAGGUCAGGACCAGAGACUGAGAGCAGAGUCUCCAGGGUCCAGCUGUCUGUCUCUGAAGAGUGACCAGUCCAUGGAUCCUCCUCUAUGCUUCAGUAAUGAACCUGGACCCUCACACACAGAGGAGAGGAAGAGGAGUCAUGUUUCUGAGGAGGAGCAGUCGUCCUGCUGUGCUUCGUGUCAGGACGUCCUGAAGGAUCCAGUCUCCACCACACACUGGUUCUUCAGACAGUGGACCUCAUUCUGGGACCAGUCUGGUUCUUCAGGAGACUCCCUGUGUCCCCAGUGUGGACAAAGAUCCAGAACAGGAGCUGGAGCAGAUCGUUGUCUUCAGGAGGUUUUAGAUGAACAUAAGCUCAGUCUGAGGAGGAGAUGUGAACAUGUGACUGAAGGAAGUGAUGAAACAGGAAGUAGAACCCUCCUCAACAGGAUCUACACUGAGCUCUACAUCACAGAGGGACAGAGUGAAGAGGUUAAUACUCAACAUGAGGUGAGGCAGCUUGAGACGGCUUCCAAGAAGAAGAUCCUCCAUGACACUCCCAUCAGGUGCCACGACAUCUUUAAAGCCUCCACUGACCAGCAGAGCAGCAUCAGAGUCGUCCUGACCAACGGCGUCGCUGGCGUUGGAAAAACCUUCUCGGUGCAGAAGUUCACUCUGGACUGGGCAGAGGGUUUAGAAUACCAGGAUGUGGGUCUGCUGACUGUGCUUUCGUUCAGGGAGCUGAACCUGGUGAAGGACCAGCAGCACAGUCUCCUCACGCUGCUCCGUGUUUUCCAUCCAGCGUUACAGAAGCUCACGGCAGAGACGCUCGCUGUCUGUCAACCUUUGUUCAUCUUUGACGGCCUGGAUGAAAGCAGACCUUCUCUGGACUUCAACCACAGGAAGCUUGUGUCUGAGGUCACACAGAGGUCAUCAGUCAACGUGCUGCUGACAAACCUCAUCCGGGGGAAUCUGCUUCCCUCGGCUCUCGUCUGGAUAACCUCCAGACCUGCGGCGGCCAAUCAGAUCCCUCCUGCAUGUGUCGACAGGGUCACAGAAGUACGAGGCUUCACUGACGCCCAGAAGGAGGAGUACUUCAGGAGGAGAUUCAGUGAUGAAGAGCUGUGCAGCAGAAUCAUCUCACACAUCAAGACGUCCAGGAGCCUCCACAUCAUGUGUCAAAUCCCAGUCUUCUGCUGGAUCAGUGCUACAGUUCUGGAGCACAUGUUGACCACAGACCAGAGAGGAGAGCUGCCCAAGACCCUGACUGAGCUGUACUCACACUUCCUGCUGGUUCAGACAAAGAGGAAGAACAACAAGUACGGUAAGAAGAGGGCUGACAGGGAUGUUCUCCUGAAGCUGGGGAGGCUGGCUCUGAAACAUCUGGAGGAAGGAAACAUCAUGUUCUACCAAGAAGACCUGGAGCGGUGUGGUCUUAAUGUCCCAGAGGCCUCGGUGUACUCAGGAGUUUGUACUGAGAUCUUCAGAAGAGAGUGUGUGAUCUUCCAGAAAUCAGUCUACUGCUUUGUUCAUCUGAGCAUUCAGGAGUUUCUGGCUGCAGUCUACAUGUUCCACUGUUACACCAAGAGGAACACAAAAGAACUCAACAACUUCUUGGGAACAUGCGAGGACACAGACAGUACCUUCUCCCUGGAUGACCUCCUGAAGAGAACCAUGGAGAAAUCCCUCACCAGUACAAAUGGUCAUCUGGACCUGUUUGUUCGCUUCCUUCACGGCCUCAGUCUGGAGUCCAACCAGAGAGUCUUAGGAGGCCUGCUGGGUCGGACAGAGAACAAACCAAAGAUCAUCCAGAGAGUCUUAGGAGGCCUGCUGGGUCGGACAGAGAACAAUCCAGAGAUCAUCCAGAGAGUCAUCAACAACCUGAAGGAGAUGGAGAGUCGUGGCAUUUCUGCUGACAGAUGCAUCAACAUCUUCCACUGUCUGACUGAGAUGAACGACCACUCAGUUCAUCAGCAGAUGAAACAGUUCAUGACGUCAGAGAACAGAUCAAAGGAGAAACUCUCUGGGAUCCACUGCUCAGCUCUGGCCUACAUGCUGCAGAUGUCAGAGGAGGUUCUGGAUGAGUUUGACCUGAUGAAGUUCAACACAUCAGAACAGGGUCGAGGGAGACUGAUCCCAGCUGUGAGGAACUGCAGGAAGGCUCGACUCGGUUGGUGUGGACUCUCAGAGACUCACUGUGAAGUCGUGGCCUCAGCUCUGAAGUCAGACCCCUCACAUCUGAGAGAACUGGUUCUGACUGUAUUCGACCUGCUGGAUUCAGGAGUGAAGCUGCUGUGUUCUGGACUGGAGAGUCCAAACUGUCGACUGGAGACUCUAUGGUUGAUUAACUGCUGGCUGUCAGAGAUCAGCUGUUCUUCUCUGGCUUCAGCUCUGAGGUCAAACCCCUCUCAUCUGAGAGAACUGGUUCUAAAUAACAACAAGCUGCAGGACUCAGGAGUGAAGGAGCUGUGUGGUUUUCUACAGAGUCCAACCUGUCGACUGGAGACUCUGGGGUUGUUUGACUGCGGACUGACAGAGAUCAGCUGUUCUUCUCUGGCUUCAGCUCUGAGGUCAAACCCCUCUCAUCUGAGAGAACUGCAUCUGAGCUGGAACAACCUGCAGAACUCAGGAGUGAAGGAGCUGUGUGGUUUUCUACAGAGUCCAACCUGUCGACUGGAGACUCUGAUGUUGAAGGAGUGCAGACUGACAGAGAUCAGCUGUUCUUCUCUGGCUUCAGCUCUGAGGUCAAACCCCUCCCAUCUGAGAGAACUGGAUCUGAGAGGAAACAACCUGCAGGACUCAGGAGUGAAGGAGCUGCUUGAUCUACAGCAGAGUCCAACCUGUCGACUGGAGUCUCUGAGGUGGGGGGAGAUCUAAGUGGAGGUGAGUGUGAAGAGGACAGUGUGUGUGGACGGAGGCUGAGCUGUGUCCUGAGGAUCCAGAGGCUGAAGCAGCAGCAGCUUGUGUGUAGUCUCCAAUCUACACAACCUGUAAUCUGCAUGUGUUUGUGAGAUGAAGCCGGAGCACCUGGAGAAAACAUUUCCCCUCCUCCCGCAAGUUCAAUCUGUUAAAUAUAUAUAAAAAAAAAAGUUUGUUGCAUUUAUAAAAUUAUAGAACAACAAUGACAUUUUUUAUUUUUAUUUUAUUGCUAUUUUUACGUGUUACAAAAAAGGAAAACACCAAACUCUUAUGAAGAGGAGAGCAAAAUACAUGUGUAGGCCGACUUUGAAAUAAAUGAAACACAGAACUCUGCUUUUUCUGCUCCUCUCCAGCUUGACACUUUUCAGCAGAUGCUGUGAGCUUGCUCUGGAAAUGUCUUUAAACAUGUUUUGUUGUUUGCCAAUUCCUCUCCACAUGAAGCAUAUACAGGUAAACCUGCAUCGUUGGCAGUGAAAGCAAAUGAAUCUGUCCACGCAGAAUUAAACUCUCUAUUUUCCUCCCAGACUUUUCUCUUUUGGGAUGUAUCCAUGGUUAGCUUACCGAGGCUCUCGUCUGUUUCCUGUCGGUUUGAGAUGCUGUAAGUUUUAUUUUGAACUACGUUAAUGUCAAUAUUCUUUUGAACUUUGGGUUAUAAUUCACAAAACCCUUUAUAAACUUUUCUUUCUGAAAUAAAGUUGAAGCUCUUUCCACCAGACGAGGUGAGCUCAUGAAUGAUGGACGUGUUGGGUUGAGGAGACGUCGUGAUGGAUCGUAGCAUCACACGACUCAGACUGUUAAUAACACAUCUCCUUCAAUAUUAUAUAUACAUAUAUAUAAAUAAAUGAAGCUAAAAUGCAGUGCAAGUGCAGCAGUGUUCAUGAAGUCAAAUAUAUUAUAACCAAACUGAUCAGAAACACUUGAACAAACAUCAGUGAGAUAAGAACUGAAAUGACAGAAACAUCUUUGACAAACAUAUUAAGCGUCUUCUUUGAUUAUUUGUUUAUGUCCAUGUCCCAUCUGCUCACAUGGAGGAGGAGGUUUAUGACCUAUACUGCAGCCAGACACCAGGGGGCAGUGUCAGUCUGGUUUGAUUCAUUUGUUAUGUGUUGAUCGACUGUUCUGAUUGGAUGUUCCUUCGUGGUUAUUUUUUUUAUGAAUCUACUUCCUGUGUUGAGCGCGAGCUGCUGUUUAAAGACGUGUUUGACCUUUGACCUGAGCUGACCCGACAGUUCACUGUGACGAAGAGGAUGAAGAUGUGUAGUAUGUGUUGAACGUUGUCGUCCACUCAGAGGAUCAAUAAAGAUUAUAACUGACGAUCAA